GUAUCCUUACAGUAAGCCUACAGUAAGCCUACAGUAAGCCUACAGUAAGUCUACAGUAAGCCUAGAGUAACCCUACAAUAUCACUGUACUCCUACUGCACCCCGCCACUACUCCUACAAUACUUCUACAGUGUCCAUACAAACUUGCUACACUAACCUACAGUACUCCCACAGUACCCUUACAGUACUCCUACAGUAACCCUACAGUACUUAAACACUAUUCCCCUAGUACCCCCUACCAUACUCCCACAAUUCCUCUACUGUAUUCUCACAUUAAGGAAAGCAAUACUCCUACAGUACUCCUACAGUACGCCCCCAAUACCCUCACAGUACUCUUACAGCACCACUGUACUCAUACAGUACUGCUACAGUAUCAAUACAAAAUCGCUACAAAAACCUACAGCACUCCCCGAGUACCCCCUACAAUACUCCUACAGUAACUGUACAGUACCCUACCAUAAUCCCACACUACCUCCAUAGUACUCUCACAUUAAGGAAAACAAUAUUCCCACAGUACUUCUACAGUACGACCCCAGUACCCAUACAGUACUCACCCAGCAUUCUUACAGUUAUUCUACAGUAACCUUACACUUCUCCUUCACUUUCCCCACACUACCCCAACAGUACCCUUAAAGUACUCCUACAGUACCUCUACACCUUUCCUACAUUUCCCCUACACUACGCCUACAGUUUACAUACACUCUUCCCCCAGUACCCCUACACUAUUUCCCCAGUACUCUCACAGUAAUCCUACAGUAACCCUACAGCACUCAAACAUUAUUUCCCCAGUACCCCUACAGUACCCCUACAGUACCCCUACAGUCCGCCAAAGAAAGAUCAAAAAUACAUACCCGAUAUGUUUCACUUUCGAAAAGUACGUGACGAAAUGAAUAUCUAGAUUAAAAUCCUCGAUUUCAAAAUUCAUACGAUCGCUUUAUUCAUACGAAUCGUUCAAAAGUUCAUUCAAAAGACGAUUUUUAUAGAUUUCUGGCCUAUAGUCUUAAGAUGAAACGGUUCACAAGCAAAAAACAGUGUAUGUUUAUAAUUGUGAUAUUCAACUUGGUUCUAUUACUGUUUUACUCGAUAAGUAUUAUUUUCAAAAAUGAAAGCAGAAUUUCGCCAGAAAAGUUUCCAGUUUCUCAUGCUUUCAUAAAUUCUGUCUAUUAUUAUCCAACUUCCAAAUCUCUUGGUAAGAAUGCAUUAGCCUUCACAAUGGCUUUAGAUCAAUACAGUCACAGUAUGAAAAACCACAAGUUUACGGUUCUCGGCUACAACUCGACACAUUCAACGGAAUCCAUUGCAACUUCACAAACAGAAGGAAUUCGAAUAUGUCGAUAUGUUACAUUGAUGGCGAGGACUAAUACAGUAGAUAAUUUGGAGAAAAUUAAAAUUGAGUCAAAUGGGGUUUCGGUUGAGAUUCCGUUCAAAAUCGCGCGAUAUACUGCACCGAAGCCUGUCAUCAUAUGUAUCUCUCCACAGUUUGCAGCGGAGCAGUGGCAAAUGUUUCUAAUGCAUGUUCAUGUGGCUAACAGAUUCGGAGGUCAUCUCCACAUCUAUCUCACAUCAAUCAUCGAAUCAUAUUUCAAGCUAAUGAAGGAAUAUGAACGUCAAGGCUACAUAACUCUAGACUACUGGCUGCGUAUGAAGUUCUCGGACCCUAAAACUCCAUACAUUGAGCCGAAUGAAAAUGUUGAGUGGAGACAUCAAGCGGGUGCACAAACGGAUUGUCUACUUCAAUACAAGGAAGCCGCAGAAUACAUUGCGUUUUUUGAUAUGGAUGAUAUCUUGUUCCCGAAGGAGUACCCGAUCUAUCUGGAAGAGUUCAACUCGGUACUUGCAGCACACCCCGGCACCAAUUACUUGUUUUAUGGGAGAAGGGAGCAUGAAUUUGUUAAAGCCUCAACUCUGUCCGACUUCAGUUUUACCGACCUUGUCAAAAGUCUCCGUUCAUCUCAAACCAUAAAAAAUGGAAAAGUCGUUGUAAGACCCGAUGCAUACAAUUCCACGUGGAUCCACAAUAGCCAGCAUGUCAGUUUCGAUACGAGUGUUAAAGUGAAAAGUCCAUCAUUGGUACAUGUGCAGCUGCCGGUUGAUAAAAAUGGGAAAAGGAAUCAUUCUAGGGAUUUGUGGAAGAUUGAGUUUGGAUCAUUGAAUGAGACAAUUCGAGAGGAAGAUGUCAGAGCAAUCGAGGAGGACAUCAAUAGAAUGAAGAAUUCAACAGUUAUCUCCACACUAGCACUACUCCUCCCAAACUCUGAUUUCUACUUGCCAAUCGUUUUUAAAUGUUACUUUGACGCUUUUUACAAAGCCGCAUUCGUGGCUCGAACCGGUGUUCCGAGAUGCCCAAACGCGGAUAUUUGUGAUCUACCACAACGAGAAGACUAUAAGUGUAUUCAUUCAGAUGCUCAAUACAUUUCUGGACCCGACAUGCGUCCUGUUACUUAUCAUUUUUCAACUAGUACCUUUUGGUCGAAAGAUAUUGGGUGUUAUCAGUAAAAGUUU